UUCCUGGAAGAAAGUGUCUAUGGCUUAAUGGCAGAUUCAAAUGUUCCUCUCCAGCAACUGGAAAGUGAAAAGCAUCUGACGACAUCUGACAGGGAAUUACUGAAUGCAAUUAAAGAGGACAUAGCGGCACACACCGAUACUAUUAUUGAGCAUGGGUACACAGGAACUGUCGAUGCUUCUCACAUUGAAGAGAUCCUAAGUUCUGUAGCCAUCAGUUUGGUGAGCAAGAGGCUUGUUUACCUCAAGGAAUUCCUGAAUGGGCUAGAUUCCUAUGGUUUGAAUGACAUCAUCCAAACCUAUCCAGAAGCUUGCAAGCCACUCUUUGUGAGAUAUGCAGGUAACAAUGAUGCAGUUGAUGCAAAUUACUUGUUUUCAUCACUGCACCCAGAACAUGCUGAGGAAGGAAGCUCACAAAGGAAAGUUGAAGAGUCUACAAUGGAUCUUCUUCAAGAUUUCCUCUUUCGCCUUGAAGAUGAUCCAAAUGUUAAUUGUUCUGGGUAUGCAGAGGCAAUGGCAAGUUGUAAGGACACAGGCAAGGAAGCGCCUGCAGGAUCUAAAGAAGAGUUGCUCCUUCCUGACCUAACACCAGCAGGUGUUUUGGGUUGGUUAACUGGCCAGAAGCACAAGCCUGUCAGUGGAGAACAAAUAUCAAUAACUGUCAAAUUUGAUCAUGAUUGUCUUAUUAGGAAUCCAAAGCACCAAAUUCAUUUCCCAGUAGUUAGAGCUUGUGCAAAAGAAAUCACUUUCCCCGUAGCACACAUGAAAACACAGGAAGCUUUCAAUGAAGUCCUUGUGUUAGCACUGUCCAAGGGACAAUCGUUUGGUAUGGCUUAAUGCUAUUCAUGCUAUUAUCA